AUGGUUAGCAAACGCAAAAGAGUCCUCGAGGACUUUGAUCCCAACAAGUCUGAUCCCGAAGACGAGAAUUUCGACCCUUCGGAAGCUGGACCACCCCGAAAAAGCACAAAGAAGCACUCCCGUUCACGUAGCGGAAAACCCAGCCGCCGACGCAGGAACGGUUACCUGGGUUCGGACAUCGAUGAUGACGAGGAUGAAGUCUCUGAUAGCAACGAAGACGAUUUCUUCGAUGACGAAGAAGAAGAGGAUGAUGCUGCUCCUGUGAAUGCCGCUGGUCGUCGCGCCAGAAAAGCUGCCACGCAGCCACGCAACUACGCAGAGAGCAGCGAAGGAGAAGAAGCAUCGGCUACCGGCGACGAAUCUGACAAGCCAGGCGAUGAGGACAUCAAAGUUGACGAAGAUGUCAAAGAAGACGACGCCGAAGGCGAGCCCGUAGAGGAGCCUGCCAGGUCAACUAGAUCCAGAGUUGUCAAGCUGAAACUCACCAACUCCAAGUUGCCUGCGCCUCGUAGGACUACUCGAGCUCAUACAGAGGAAGCUGAAGAGUUCCUUGAACUAUCCCACUCUGGAAAACACGCCGUCCCUUCACGCGAUUCGCGAAGUAGAAGCCCUGAGACAUUCGCUCGGAGCACAAGAGCUACACGUGGGUUUAAAGGCCUCAAGAAAGCCCCGGAGACGAUUCAAGAGGCCACACAGGAAAGCAGCUUGAAGGAAGUCAGAGAAGCCGACCAGCCCGACGAAUUAUCUCAAGAUCCCGAAGAGAUUGAAAAGAAAGAGGUGGCUGAUCAAGAAAUGCUAGAUGCUGCUGAUCAGGAUGCACCUGGAGAAGAUGCGCCUGUGCAGACGGUAGAGGACGAGGACGAUGAGGAUGAUGUGCCUGUUACUCGCCGAACCCGUGGAUCCCGCGCCAACGCCUCCGCAGCACCGGAAGAAGCUGAAUCGGAUUCUGGACCUAGAAAGACGCGCCGACUUACCCGCAAAUCGAGCAAAAAGUCUCAAGAAGUCAGCAGUGAUUUCGAACCAGGCGACGAAUCUGACGACGCAGAAGGCUCCGGUGCAGAAAAGCCCCUACCUCAAGAUGACGAUGACGUCGAUAGCCCAGUUCCCCGCGGCCGACGUUCCCAACCCGCCAGAUCUCGCCGUGGUGGGGACUCUGGAGACGAGGAACCCGAAUUCGACUUGGACGAGCUGAAUGAAGAGGCACGAGAACUUAGGCAGGACUCGCGCUCUCGUCGCCGUCGCCCAAGAAAAGAAUCGCCCAUCGUGUACCAGGAAAGCACUCGGCGAGCGAGAACACGGGUGAAUUAUUACAUGCCCCCUCUCACCUCGGCCAAUAUUGAAGAGGAAGAAGUUGAGGCUCCUGCUGCGCAAUCGCGCUCGCGCCGAGGACGUGGCGGUGCCAGUCAAGGCUGGGAACGCAGCCUCAACACCACAUUUGGACCCUUUGGAGGCGGCGGCGGAGCUGGAUCCCUUCUUAAUGGGCCCUGGGGUACUGGCGCAGCUGGCGGGGUCGAUUCAGACAGCAGCGACGAUGAGAUGGUGCAUCGCUCUAGUGUAGCUGGUAAUGUCGGUAUGACGCCGACCGCAGCGACUCACGGUGGGCUUCUUCCCGGUGUCCCUGGACUAAACCCUGAUGCUGGCGCUCCCAACGUUGGCAAGAUCAAGGACCGUAAAGCUCUUGCGGAUGCUGAUCCUCUGGGUGUUGACCUGAACGUUGACUUCAGCAAGGUUGGUGGUCUUCAGGGACAUAUCGAUCAGUUGAAGGAAAUGGUACAGCUUCCUUUGCUCUAUCCUGAGCUCUUCACACGAUUCCACGUCACUCCACCUCGUGGUGUUUUGUUCCACGGUCCUCCUGGAACAGGUAAAACGCUACUUGCUCGUGCUCUGGCCAACUCAGUUGGCUCCGGUGGCCGUAAGAUCUCAUUCUAUAUGCGCAAGGGUGCCGAUGCCCUGAGCAAGUGGGUGGGUGAAGCUGAGAAACAGCUUCGAUUACUCUUCGAGGAAGCGCGCAGAACUCAGCCUAGUAUCAUUUUCUUUGAUGAAAUUGAUGGUCUUGCGCCGGUCCGUUCCAGCAAGCAGGAACAGAUCCAUGCUUCCAUUGUAUCAACCCUGUUAGCAUUGAUGGAUGGUAUGGACGGUCGUGGUCAAGUCAUUGUUAUUGGAGCUACCAAUCGACCUGACAAUAUCGACCCCGCUCUUCGUCGACCUGGUCGAUUCGACCGAGAGUUUUACUUCCCGUUGCCUGACAUCGAAGGGCGAAAGUCAAUCCUCAACAUUCACACAGCAGACUGGGGACUAUCAGAGAAGUUCAAAGAUUCCCUAGCCGAGAACACAAAGGGCUAUGGUGGUGCUGAUUUACGAGCUCUCUGUACUGAAGCAGCUCUCAAUGCCAUUCAGCGAACUUACCCCCAAAUUUACGCCUCCAAGGAAAAGCUUGUGGUCGACCCCGAGAAGAUUGGCGUUCAUGCCACUGACUUUAUGCUGUCCAUCAAGAAGCUUAUUCCCUCCUCUGAACGAUCGGCGACAUCUGGUGCUAAACCCACUUCCCAAAUCGAUAGAGCCGCUAUUGCGCAAACAGUUCAGCGAAGCCAAGAAUGCCCUCGAUGA